AUGCGAGGGGGGAGGCUGAAGGAGUUCACCGCCUCGACUGUUGGGGAGGCCAUUGCUUCUUCGAGGUCCACUGAUCCCACUGUGGAGUCGCUGUCCUCUCUGUUUGUGACCAGCCUGAAAGGGAAGGCCUCCGCCGUCUCCUCCUCCCCUACCAAGGAGAAGAAGCCCGAAGAAAGAGCCGCCGAACGGAUCGCGACGUGGAAGAGGUCCAUUUUGUCCGCGCGUUCCGGUGGCGGACUCCCUGGGAUAUCCGAUUUAGGCCCCACCGAGAAGAACUCCGAGUUCCCUGCUAGGGUCUCGUCGAAGGUGUUGUCUGUGCUCAAGGAAGCCAGGUCUGAAACUGCUUGCCAGGCACCGGCAGGAGGUACUACUAGUUUUUUCCUUUUAUAUCUUUUUACAUUCAUGAAACGUUUCAGAAAUCUAGCUAUCUCUUCUAUUUGCAGCUUCUGUAGGCGAGAAGUCCGUUGUUGAUGUGGUGUUGCACGUCACUUCAGCGCUGCAAGGUACAUGAAUGAGUUUAUGCCCCGUCUGACAUUGUCUCUGCUCACUUCAGGAAGCUAAAUUGCUAGCGAUAGUGCCUAAUUGCGAGUAGUCAUUCGGGUGCAGAAAUAUAUCUUCUGUCUGUUUCGAAUGUCAAAAGAUGAAUCUCAAAUGGGAUUAUAUAUCCCCUUGGCAUAGAGAAAUGGAUAAGACAGUGGAUCAUGGGUUUUGAGUGCAAUUUGUUUUUUUAUUUUAUUCUUUUCAGAUUCAGAGGCAUGCUGAGUUGUCUCCAUUAUGGUCUACGUUAUGAUCCAUUUAACCCACAUGAACAUCUUGUUUGUUUCUGUAAUCUUCUUACUUGUACUGAAUUUUUUUGCAUUCUAUUGAAUGUUCAAUGAACACGUUCUUCAUUCUUCAGUUGAAUCAUGGGCUUUGAACACAUGGAUCCUAGGUUUCGCUGAAAAAUUAGUUUUAUGUAGUUCUGUGACAAUAUAGAAGAGUAAAUGGGAAUUUAGAGGAAUGAGGAGGAAGUGCUUAUGUUAUUUUGGGUUUAUAAGGUUUUUCAUUCCGUCCUCCACCAUGUUGAUAUAAGAACAGGACACAGCUGAUACGAAUAAGUUUUUCUGAGAGCUCAUGGAUGCCAUGCAUAUCUUUUCUUGCUUUCAUGCUAAAUGAUCAUGUGGUACUAUCCACAAAAACAAGGGUUGUUGAACUCUGAGUUAUUAUCUCAUCUAUUUAAAAUGAUUUCUGGCAGAUAAUAGCUCACUUGCUCAGGUAUUCUCAUUUGCAUUGAAGAUUUCAUAAAAGUAAAUUUAUGUUCACUAAUGUUGAUAUCAUUUUUCUUUUAUUGAUGAUCCAAUGUAAAUUUCUAUUUUCAUUUACUUUGUAGGCUUGGCACUUUCAUGAUCUUUGUCUUCUUGUUGUAAGGCUAGUUUCUAUUUCAGAUAUUGUGCUAAGCAACUUGGUUGUAUAUACCCCAUGAUGUGGAUCUGUUUAUAUGAAUUCUUGAUCUACGUAUAAUCUCAUAACUCCAGGUGACAGUGGGUUGUUGAAAGAAUCUCAAUCUGAAGAGGCUAACAAUGGCAUCUUAACAGAGAACAACAACUUACGUGACAUGCGCAAUGUCUUUAAAUUACACAUGCAGAAGGAAAAGUCAAGAGAAAGAAAGGCAAAGUGGACUCUCAAGGACUCCCACAAUCUUCGUUUUUCUCGACUGAUUAAAAGAUCUGCUGAGGCACUAGGGACUGAGAGUACUCUUGAGGUCCUUGGUAAGCUGGGGAAAGAAACGGGUGUCAAAGAAUACAAUGCUUUAAUUGGUCUUUGCAUUGAAAAAGCAAGACGGUGUGUUGACGAAAGUGAUUCACUUAUUCAGCUUCAGAAAGCAUUUCAGCUUUUUAGAUCCAUGAAAGAGCAGGGUUUUCAAAUCGAAGAAGAAAGUUAUGGGCCAUUGCUCAUGUACUUGAUCGACAUGAGAUUGAUCCAAGAAUUCCAAACUUUCUGUGAGAUUAUCAAGGACGAUUCCCGUCUACCCAACCCUAGAACUUCAUAUUUUGAGAUGCUGCUAUGGAUUAAAGCUGGAAACGAGGAAAAGAUUCAGGAACUGUGCCAUUCUGUCAGAGCUGAUGACAGUGAUAUCAAUUUUAGUAUAGCUGGUAUGGUGUUUGUUAUUUUGCAGUAGACUUGUUUUUGCCUAUUUUAUUUUUAAAUUAGCAUAAUUCAUGGAUGAUCUUGUCUGGGGAGAAUGAUAUAAAUUUAUGGAAGAUUGUUCCUUGUUCCCUCUUUAAGGUGCUCCAUUGGAUGAAAUUAUUUUUCAUUUGCAAGCUAGUAUAUGCACUAAUGGAAGAGAAGUGAAACUCGUAAAUUACCUAAGUGACGCCGUUGGAAGUACUUUCACAGUUAGUUCGCUAAUUCUACAUUUAUCUUCUCAUGGGAAGAUCAAUUUUCUUAUUGAACUGAUAAAUUUGUAGACCAAUAAAGUCUUUUGGAAAGUAUAUAAAACAGUUCAUCCUUGUUUUCAGCUUUGCUACACAGGAUCUGAACCAACUUGCUGGAUCUUUUCUAAUAGAGUGAGCUUGGAGGGCAUACAGUUUCGGAUUCAUUUUUUUCAUCAUUUAUUACUUAUUUACAAUCUGCUUUCAGUAAAAUGUCGUUACUUUCAAUGCUCUUCGCCUUGGUCUUUUCAACAGCAUCUCCCAUUCCCAUGUGACACUGCAUGGUGACGAAAUCUCUCAAGAGAAAACAUGUGGCUUGACGUGUGAGGUUCCAGUCAAAUGGUGUUUUUCUCUGAAUUAUUUAUGGCUGAAUACUACUUUUCAGAAAAUAAAAAAUUGGCUACUAAAUAUGAAACUUGGUAUUUUUAGGAAAAAGGAUUUUAUCUGAAAAUUUAUAGAGAAUUUUAUAUAUUUUUCGAAUGACAGUUCAAAAAAAUUUCAUUCUAAAUUAUACAAAUCCAGUAUUUUCCUUGAAACGACGAAUUCUGAUAUAUUUUAUUUAUUUGGCAGAAAAUUAUUUAUUAGCAUUCUGUGUUGGUGAUAGGAAAAAGGAGAUGUUACAUUUAUUAAAUGUCUUGGAUAUGAGGAGGAUUUCAUCAUUAGAGUAUUUAUCAGUAAUAUUCAAAACACUGGGGAAGUCGUCAUUGGAAAACCUUGCAGUGGAGUCUAUCUUGGCCCUAAAGAGUGGAGGUAUGUAUGCGUGUCACGUGGACAAUGCUGGUGUGUGUUAUUUUUCAUACGUAUUGUUAAAAAUUUCGAAGUAUAAUAAUUUUGGAUGCGAAAAAAUAUUCGAGUCUUGCAAUCUGAGUUUUUCUUUUUUUUCACCAUUUAACUGCUUAUUUGAUGCUUCUAGCUGAUGAAAAUGAAUGGUUCAUUGUUUUCUCAUUCCUUCUGCUUACACUCACGUGUAUAAAAUGAUUCUUACGCUUUAUGUUGCAUCUUUGUUUUUAGUUCAUGUAACAUCAUUGUACAUUGAAUAAAACUCUUUUGGCUAGAGCUCAUUAUUUAGUUCCUUGGGAGUUCACUUGAUAUCCAUGUUAGGAAACCUAUUUGGAUCAUAAAAAAUGAUUCCACAGAGUAGGCUAUCAGGGGGAUUGACAUGUGAGGAGAAGAGAAAGAUUUCUAAUGGGCAAGUUGCAAAUCAGGACGACUUAACCUAGGUAGUCUAAUGAUUGCCAGAUUUUGUAUGGUUAAUUGAUAUGUUGCCUUUUUCUCGAGUAGAUUUUCAUUUUCUGUUCUCCUCGCUUUAGUUGAUGAUGAUUUUAUGUGACUUUGUUUAGCUGAGUUGAGGUUUAAAGACUAUUCUGGUGGCACGAUUUAAGUAUUGCUUAGCAGAUGGGCUUAUUGGCCUCAUUGGAAUGGCAGGCGCUGCUUUAUCAGCUUCCUCGUUAUUUGGAGGAUUAUUGCUGGGAAAUGUUGUGAUCUAACAGGCAACAUUCUAAAGCAUGAAAUGCAACUUCUCUUAUCUUCAUGUUGAAAUAUGUUCUAAUGACUGAUUUUCUCUUACAAGCAGCUAACGUGAUAUAAUAAUGCUUUCUAGAAAAUAACAAGUACAUAUUCUUUGACCAAGGUCUUCUGAAGUUUCAUUUUAGUUGGCAUCUAUUUUAAAUUUUAUUUUCAUAUUUUGUAUCUAUUUUCAAUCGGCCUAGUGUCUGUUUUUUGUAGUUAUUUCUCCGUUUUUCCUCUCUGAUUUAAAUCUAGAACUGCUCUUGUAACUGCAGAUACGACAGAGAGCGAUAUCUCAUCAUUGAUAUUUGACUACACCUCCAAAAUACCCGAUCUUGCUGUGAGUAGUUUCCCAUCGUCAAUACUGACACUUCGUUUUUUCAUUCGUCUUAUUUGUUUCGGAAAUGUACAGAAAUGUAUGUCAAUGCAAUUUUCUGGUUCCUCAUUUUAUGAUACUUUUAAGUUACCUUAACACUUGGUUUGCUUAAGUAGAUGUGUACAUAUGGAGUCCUGGUAAUUUGCUCCAUAUUAGGCGUUUAACCAAGAAUGCACUUCUCUGUAGGUUGAAGAGGUAGUUUCGAAGUAUAUAGGAUUGCAUGUAAAAGUUGAAGUAACACCAUCUGUUCGAUCAUAUGAGAAGCUCACUGCAUACUGUUGCAAUUUGUUCAAGGUAAGUUGCCAUUCUAGUUGAUAAAACCAAAUGUUGCCUUCUAAUUUUCAGCUCUCAUUUUAUUUGUUCAGUGGACACAUAACGGCUUUGCAUAGUAAAUAGUUGACGUGUUUAAGAUGAGAAUGAGUGAAACACAAAUAUCAUGAUGGCAUGCCUUGAGAUUAAGAUCAGUUUUAUCCCUUCAAUUUAAGAAACUUCCAACCUUGAUCUGGCUUAGGCUGAUUUAUGGCAACUCAUACUGUACAUGGUUUUUGAUUGAGUCAGGUCAUAUGAAUUGCCCCGAGUUGGAUGGCAGUAUGGACUGUGCAUUAGUGUAUGAUACUAUUGCUCUAUGAUCAAUAAUAUUUGGGAAGGGUCCAAUUCACUAUUUUGGCAUUGUUAAAUUUUGAUAGGCUGUAAGCAGGGAUAUGGAGAUGUGACGAGAUCAUUCAACUGUUUCCACAUGAUGCUUGGCACGUGCCCUGGUGCAACAGACUGGAAUAUCUCACUGGAAAUAAAUGAUUAGUUUUGUAUGGUAUUUUGAAGAGACUAGGGCUUUGGAUUUUAAUUUCAUAUCUUAAUGGGCUUUCAGCAUGUGCGUUGUCCAGGCAAUCUGCUGAUUGAUGAACAUACGUUUCUGACAACUUUGUAAAUAUAAUAAUACUGGUUUCUCUUGCAUAACUUAUGCCACGUCUCGUCCUAAUUUUAUGGGUAAUGCCCACUAUUUAGCCACCCUAAGAAAGAAAGAAAGAAAUAAUCAGUGUUUAGAUGGUACCAGUUGGCGAAGUAGAUGACAGGAAACUGACUUUGUCUCUCAAUGCAUGGCUGAGUGACUCCAUGAAAAACACAAGAACGAGCCCAGGGGGAUCCAACUACCGGUGAAGCUUGAACCUCCAAGAUACAUGUCAAAAUCAUACAAUAAGCUGACAUCAGUAUAGCCUGUGAAGGCGUGCCUCUGUUCUAGGAUGAGAUUUGCGUUAAUUUAUAGUGUUAUGUUAUAUUUUAAACUCACUUACUUAAUGUACUGUAUUUUUUACACUAGUUCAUGUUUAGUUUUUUUUUUUUCUAAGGAAAGAUCGGGAUAUUUCAUCUACACAAAGGCCAUUUCUAGCCAUUUUCAUAUCUCUAAUUAUAUAAUAUUUUGACUUUAAUAUUAUUGAUCAGUUGCCAUGACUAAUGCAUUCUCUUGUAUGUGGAACAUCUAUGGUCGCAUCAUGCUUGGAUGCCAGUCUCGUGAUUCAAACCUUAACGUCUACUUAAUGGUUGCUUAUGCCUUUAGAGUCAAGUAUUUCUGCUUAUGAUGCUUUUCUAAUGGUUGAUACAUUAUGGUUGCAAAUAAUGUAGGUCUGUACAACUCUUGAUCCACUUGUGCGUGGAACAGAGCAAAUUUGCAGGCUUGAUUGGGUAAGUGUUUCUCUUAGGUUACCAUGUAUCUAAUUUUUGUAGUUACUAGGUUCCCUGGCUUUUACCAAGCGAUAUCGUUUCUAGAAAGCUAAACUUAUUACUAUUAAUGCUUUUUUUUUAUAACUUGUCUAUUGUUAUAUGGCUUCUGCAGAACAUGUCACAAUUUAGUUAUGUUCAUGAUUUCUUUAUGUGAUUUACAGAGUGUCAAUAAAUUCUGAUUUUUUUUUCCUGUUUUUGAAUUUAAGGUUCGAGAACUAUGUUCAGUGGUGCGGAGGCACAGCCUGAAACUAGACAAGGACUGUUCCAGAAGUAUGAUGAGCUUGUAUGUAAUGAUAAAAGAUGUAAGCAACCGGUUGUUUUUCUUAUUGUCCACCAUAUCCUAUCUACAUCAUCUGCCACCAUUUAUUUGAUAAAGUUAUUAUGGAUGUUAAUUUUUAAUGGGCCACUUACCUUUUUGGAGGCCGGUAUUGCAUUUUAGGGAACAGAGUGAAAGAUGUUGAUUGCGUUCUCAAUCUCUGAUUUUAAUAAUCCUGUCAUGAUAAUGCUAAAAAUUAUGCUGGAAAGGAGUCUAUGCAGUCAAAUGUGUGAAUGUUUCAAAGUUGUCUAAUGUUAUGCUGUUCUAAAGAAAUAGGAAUCCUUGAACUUAACGUUAAUAAAAAUGGUCUCAUUGUGGUUACUGUAAAAAUACUGUGAUUAUAAGGAUGGGCCUAUUUCAGUCAUUGCCAAUUGGUUUUGAAUAAGACGGCUCAAUAAAUUUAGCGUGAUAUUAGAGUCAGUGACCGCUCUUGAGCUACAGAGACCCCAUUUGUAUGGUCCAAGUCAUGGGGCUCAUGAAUUGUUUUGGAUGUGAAUGCGUGCAUGAAGAAUAUUCUUGUAUUAGUUAUUUCAAAAGUAAAUAUCUGAUUAGAAAAUAGGUUUACUUCACUCACUUCCAUUUAAUUUUGCGUUAGAUGGUCUAAAAACUUUAUCAGAUGUGGAUAAGCAAGCUUGUUAAAAUACUGUUAUCUUAGUCUCUUUGUACUCAUGAGGAUGUGAUUAGAUAUGGUCUGUUAUUACUGGGUUUGCGCUAUGUUAUUUGUCUCUUUACUUUGCUCUUGUGAAGCAUUUUGAGUUGCAUCUGGAGAGCCUGUAGAUUGAUGUCUUAUGCGGGACAUAGGUUUCGAAUACAAACCUGAAAACCAUUCAUGCACAAUAUCUAGAUGAAAAAGUGGGCCUUCCAUAUGAAUUAAAAUAUGUUGACCAUCUUUUUGAUGGAAAGAACUGUUCUAUUUUUAGAAGAGCAUCCUUAUGCAGAUUUAGAUGUUGCGCUGUCUGGUACAGGAAGGGCAUUUUGCUACUCAAACCAGGGUUUUAUGAGGGUUGUUCUGUAGGGCUAAAUCUUUUCCUGGAAGAUGACGUAAGGUGGCUGAUAAGGACUUCAUUUGCUGUUCUUUGUUUUUCAAUGUCCUGCUGUUAAUCAUGUUUAUUGUUCAAAACAGGUUGAUGUGAUAAGGCUUUUGAUAAUGAUUAUAAUGAAUGUAAAUUUGUUUCAAACAUGAAGAUGAUUCAUUGUGCCCUUUUCCAUGACAGUUUGAAGGUGCGUACAAUCUGCUUGCAGAAUUGAAAGAAAUGAAUAUGGAGAUUGAUGCAAGCCUAUACAAUGCUGUAAUGAUUGGAUGUUUCAAGGAGGUAAUCGAUUUCAUUAAUUAUCAACUUAUUUUUACUUUUGCACCUAAAUAUUGGGCUCGUUCUGUUCUCACGUACCUCAUACUUGGCUUCUGUUCAUCUUCCCAGAAAAAUAUUCAUGGAGGGCUUAAAGUCCUCAAAGAGAUGAAGCAUGCUAAUGUAAAGCCAGAUUCUGAAACUUUUAGUUACUUAAUAUUCAACUGUGGAUGCGAAGAGGAUAUUGUCAAGGUUUGCUAACUCUGCAUCGUUUUGGGUAUUUCUUUCAAGAAAUUGAAAUCAAAGCCUUAACUUUUGGCAUAGGUGAUCUCUUUCACGUCUUCUGUCAAUAAGACGUCUGCUGUUUAAUUGAACCUUGCCAUGUAUCCGGAAUCCAAAAACCAUUACAUAAUCAGUCUAAGUGAUAUGCUUUCUCUUGAAAGUAGGGAUAUUACCAUUGAAUCAAUACAUAUCGCGUUAACAAAUGGAAAACUGUGCAUUAUGAGUAAUUUGACUGCUACUUUAGAGGUCUGCAUGCUUAUCUAUUGAAAUGCGCUUAUCUAAACUUAAGAUCUUUUGUUGAACUUUGAUUUAGUUUUCCACCAACAUGUUUGUUCCACGGCAGCCACGGAAAUCAAAGACAGUUUCCUAUUUGUUGACUCUUCAUGUCUGCCCUUACGAUACACACAGUUUGUGUAGGCAGAGUGAAUGGAAAAUCGAGGGACAAAACCUAGAAUCGUAAAAUCAGAUUGGUUUUCUGGGCCCUCCGAGUUACAUUCUGAUCAGAAUCCGAUUGGAUUUGUUGAAAUCUGUCAAUCAUAGGGCAGCUAAUUUAAUCUAGGUCUGGCCAGAUCCAAUUUGAAAAAUACAAAAUGAAAAUAAAAAAUAUCAAAUGAGGAAUAUUAAGAAGGAAAAAUGAGAGAAAUGCUAAACUGUCAACGCUAUAAGAGCAUACAAUUCAGGAGUAGGGCCAUCUUUUUAACUAUUCGUAGUCAAGAUCGAAUUAUUCUAGUAGGCAGGUGACUUUUGUGCUUUGUCACAUUAACUCUUGUACGUGUUGCCUAAGAUUUAACUUUUUGGGUUUGAUAUCAUAUUAAAGUUUUUCUACUGUUUAACUCAAAACCAAUUAGAAAUGAGUGAAGUAGGUUCAUCUUUAUAUAACCAUAUAAUUUCUUCUUGUAUUAGUGUACAAAAGACUGUUCUGACAUGACCACAUUAAAAAGUAAUUAUCAAAGACAAAAGUUUUGAAAGGUUCAUUUCCACAUCACCUCAUCUCGAAGUUACACACAAUACACUUGAUACUCGUGGAAGGUUAUGCUAUAAAUUUACUUCUGAUGGAAGAGAACGGCACAUCCUCAUGAUUGCAUUGGUUAUCUAAUUAUUCAAUAUGAACCGUCAAUAUCCAUCCUGCAAUAAUGGUGCAGCUUUUUUUAAAAAAUCUUCAUGCAUACUUCUCAAGGAAUGGGAUUUUUAAUGGCUCUGGCUGGGAUUUUUUAGUGGGAUUUUGCAUCCUUUGCUACAUAUCUCUAUAUCCACCUUUGAAAUCAGGUCUUUCGUCAUGACAACGUUCCGGGUAUCCUUGAUAGGAAUAGUCGCCUCCACUUCAAUUCUCAUUAUGCAACAAAUACAUACUUAUCAAUCCCGUUCUCUUUUUAACAUGUAUUCCUAUCCUCUUUAUCUUCUUUUAACAUGUGUUUUUGUAACUAAUCUAGAACCAUCUGGAUGAGAUCUUUCAGUAAGAUGUAAGAGAUGCGUCUGUUAUUUUGGAGUUUUUGGGGGCCCGGUCUUCACCUAUACGAUGCUGGGUCUUUUUCUGGAGCUCACGGACCGCACACUCUUGCAUGUUCCUAUCAGUUGAAUAAUCCCUGAACUGGGCGCUUUCCAAUUCAGUAUUAGAAAGAGUUUUGAGUCGAAUUAUAUCUGUACUACCCACCUGUAUCUCUUCCAUAUUUUAAUUCCUUCUGUGCUAGCAUGGCAGCAGGAUCGUCUCUUGCACAUCAAGUUCUCGCAUCUGAUAUGAUGUCAUGCUCAUCAUCAUCCAUAGGGAGUUCACAGCAAGUAUUAGUUCAAGAGUCUCUAACAUGCUUAUCUUUGUUUUUAUUAUUUCUGCCUUCUCAAUUAUUCCGCAUGAGGAAUGUAAAUCUUCAUUGUGAUGUAUCUGCUAACAUACUUAGAAUGUGAAUCUUCAUUGCCCCUUAUUGCCUUCUCUCUCCCUCUCCUCCUCACCCGCUUUACUCUAGAGUUUCUUUGGAAGUUUUCUUCUCUACUGAGGGGGCUUCGAAUUUAUAUGGAAAAUGAAAUAAUGGUGCGAUUCUGAUUAUCUCGACAAAGUCACACGGAAGCUCACCUGGUCAAAGGAGCAUUCUAGCCUUCAAAAACUGCCUGUUAAAGAACUAAGAUACAUUAUUUGUCAAAAACUAAGGUAUAAAAAGAGAUUGUAUUUUUAUCUUGUGCGGGUUAGUAUGAAAGUAACUAUGUCAUCCCAUGUUUCAUUAUUUUACCUUGGAAUAAGUAUUGAACAGCCUCUUCUUUUCUGCAGUGCCUGGAAGAAAUGAAGCAUUUUCAGGCAGACUUUACAAAGCAUACUUACAUUGCCCUCAUAAAUGCAUAUGCAAACUGUGGGAAAUUCGACCAGGCUAAACAGGUGAAGAUUAUGGCAUCGGCAAUUUAUGUAUGCGUAUAUUGGUUAUGUUGUUGGCCCAGAAUAUAAGUUUUUAUAGGCAAAAUUUAAUAUCCCAUUAAGUGCCAUUUGAUAGUGUUUAUAUAUUAAUGCAUACGAAUGAUUUCAUAGUAUGAAAGUUCCCCGUUUAUCUCAAACAGUGUUCCCUAACUAUCUGAAAAUAUUACCCUCAAAAUGAUAAAUGCCUAUUUUCCCUUCUUUUUUUUUCUGGGUUUAUUACUCACAAAAUGAUAACGCAUAUUAAUUUCCUAUUUUAUCAAUUUGGAAUAUUUUUGCAUCAGCAAGUCAAGGUUCAGCCCAACCAAUUCGGUAAUUAAUCCCCAUUUUAUGAUCCUUGGUUUUCAUACACCUUGUUAUUUCUAUAAAAAACCAUUUAAUUUUCAAAUCAGCCAUUUUUUUCUGCCAGCUGGUUGGGGUCACUGCUGAUCAAUCUGGUAUUUGAUUCCCAUUCUAUAUAUAGUCUUCUGGAUUUUUUUCCAUCUGAGAGGCUUAUCUAGACUCCCUGCUCAAGAGGGCCCAUUCUAGAAACCCCCCAAAACCUCUCCUGGACCCUGCUGCUGCGGCUCCCCGUGUUCAUUGAUCCAUCCUGAAGAUUUCUCUUUUUUUGCUAUUUAUGAUCAGGUCAUCGAGGAUAAGUGGGUCCCAGUUGAGCAUAUAAACGAGAUUAAAGGGGCACUUAUCACCGCGCUUUCCUCUAAAGGGAGAACAUCAGACGCACUGGAGAUGUAUGACGCCAUGAAGCAGGCUGGAUGCUGGGUUGAGCCGAAGGCCAUUGUGAGCAUCAUUGUGAGUGUCGAUCCCCUGCUCUCCCUCUCACUGUGUUCUCUCUCUCUCUCUCUAAAAUAGGCUCUGUUCUUCUUCCCUCCCGAAGGAGUUCUACCGGUCCAGAGGACAGACUAAAAGAUUGCUCCAGCUUCUGGCUGAGUUGGAGAACUCGUGCUUGUGGUUUGAUGCGUGCGGUCGGGUUGUUCUCUACUGCAUCAGAAACAAUCUCCUAAGGUUCAGAUCAUCAUCAUUAUCAUCAUCAUCUUCUUCUUCUUCUUCUUCUUCUUCUUCUUCUUCCUCUUCUUCUUUAUAUGAUGCAGCUCUUCCGUUCUUUCUCCCAUGGUCUUCUCCCCUCACCCACCCAGUUCUGUCUCUGGUCAGCGCGGCAGUUGACUUGCUCAGGCAGAUGAAAGAAAAGGAUGAGGCGGGUACAUGCUCUGUUAUUGAUCAGGUCAGAGGAAACACCAUCUCAAUUCAUGCUUAGAUCUUCUGGGGUAUUAUUAUCCUCCGCUUUAAUCAUUAUGGGGGUGAUAUCUUGCUCCAUCUACGUAUGUUUAUUUUUAUUUUUAUUUUUAUUUCUAAGCGUUGACUUAUUCUACACCUGUCUACAUCCUUGAAGGACGAAUCACUGUUUCUAUGCGUUGACUUAUUAUUAUUAUUAGUAUAUUAGUAUUUUCUCAUGAAGAACUGAUGGGGCAGAUAUUCUGCCAAAUUUGGGAGACCGAGCCCACGAACAUGGAGAUUGGGAUGGGGUUGCUCUGGGCCAUCAAGGAGGAGCUUGGCCUUCUUCCUACUCGCGCGAGCCUCGACUUCCUCCUCAGUGCCUGUGUUAAGGUGAAGGAUCUGAGAUCCGCGAGGUCCAUCUGGGUGGAAUACAGCAAGGCUGGCUUGCCCUUCAAUGUCUUAAGCUAUUUGAGGUUCACAUCCCUCCCUCCCUCUCUCUCUCUCUCUCUCUCUCUCUCUCUCUCUCUCGCUCACUCACUUAGAUGCAUCCAUCUUCUGGGCUCUAGAAUUUCCAUUUUCCUAUUAUAUUGAAAAUUGUUCUUACAUCUCCACCGUCAGUCUUCAUUUCACCCAGUUAUGGGAUAACGCCCCUUCUCUCUCUAUCUCUCUCUAUCUCUCUCUCCCUCUCUCUCUCACACACACAGUUAGAUGCAUCCAUCUUCUGGGCUCAAGAAUUUCUAUUUUCCUAUUAGAAAUGCUGGUUUACCCAAGCAUGUGAUGAACUGCUUUCUCAAAACCCCCACCUUCUCUCUCUCUCUCUCUCUCUCUCUCUCUCUCUAAAAUAGGUUCAUCCGUUCGAUGGGCUUUUUUCCCGGGCCCGGCCCGUUGACACUCUAUCAGGAAAAAAGAAAAAGAAAAAAAAGAAAUGGAAAAUAUGACUUUUUUUUUUUGGUUCUCCCCAUUGUGGUUCAGGAUGUAUCAUGCUCUCAUGGCCGGGGGAGACUUCACCGCCGCACAGAAGAUCUCGAAGCUCAUCUCCCACGAGGAUAAACACGUCUCCAGCAUCAUCCGGGCCUGCAAGACCGCCUACACGACGCCGAUGGAUGAUCUCCUCCCUCCCUGA